AUGGCUGCUUCAAAAUCAACAAAGUCAACCCCACCAGCAAAACCAGCUGUUAAAUUUGAUCAAGAAAAAUUAUUACAAACAAUACAAUCAUUACAAUUUGUUUGGUUUAUUGGUAAUGUUUUAACAAUUAUUGGAUUUUUAUUUUAUUCAUUAACUUAUUUAAAAAUUAUUCCUUCAUUAUAUAAACCAACUUAUAUUUUAACAUUAAUUGGAGUUUUUAUAUCUUUUGGAAUAUUAAUAUUUCAAAUUGUUCAAAAAAAUGGAUUUAAAUUACCUAUUUUAAUUAAAGAUGAUAAUUUUCAUUAUAUUUUAUUAGCUGGAUUCUUGUUAUUUUUAAGACCUUAUGUUUUAUUAACAUUAGUACCAUUUGUUAUUUUUGCUACUUUUCAUGUAUUAGCUUAUAUUAAUGGUUUCUUAUUACCAAUAUUUGGAUUAAAUAAUUCAAUAAUUUCAAAAUAUAUUACUAAUUUUAUAAGUCAAAAUAAUGCAAAAUCUAUACAAAUAGCAAGUGGAAUUGAAUUAAUUACAUUUGUAUGGUUAAUCAUUAGAAUGGUCUUAUUUAGAAAAAGAUCAUUAAGUCCAGUAUUAGUUUAUUUGGUAUUCCUUAAAAAAAGACAUGAAGUUAGUCCUUUCACAAGAAAUUAUUUAAGUUAUAUUGGUAAAAUAAUUGAUGGAUUUGUAAAAGAUUUAAAUCAACCUGUUUUGACUCAAGCUUGGGGUCAUGUUAGAACUUUUUUUGCAACUGUUGAUCAAUAUAAGUUAGUUCAUGAUUAUCAAGCAGAAGAAGCUAAAGCUAAGUAG